AUGUGGAUAUUUAAGGGCCAUACGGGGGGAGAGGAGACGGACAAAGACAGGCGAAAAGUGAACCUGUGGGACGUGAGGACACUCAAAGCGAUGGGGUCACUUGUUUCUCCACCUUCUCCACAAUCUCCUGCAGUCUCAAAGGAGCUUUAUGGAGCCUUCGUCGAGCCCCUUGGGCCCGACCUCACGCCGGAGAGCCUGUAUUUGAACCGCUGGUGCUUUCACACCCAACCUGUCGGUGCAGAUAGCUUGUCGCCUCCUGUCAAUGUGACCAUCAAAGCGGUGAAAGCAAACUCUGCUGUGGUGACAUGGGACAUCCCAGAGGGAGACCCCGUUAUUGGCUUUGCCAUCACACAGCAGAAGAAAGACGUGCGCAUGCUGCGAUUCAUCCAGGAAGUCAACACCACCACGCGUUCCUGUGCAUUAUGGGACUUGGAGGGCGAGACAGACUACAUUGUGCAUGUCCAGUCCAUCAGCAUGUCUGGGACGAGCCCGCUGAGCGAAACCCUGCGCUUCCGAACGCCGAAGGAGGCCGAGACUCAGGCCUCUAAGAGUAAAGACGAGGUGACGAUGGAAGAAGUGGGCCAGAGCACCCAGCUGAGGGCGGGGGAGCUCAUCAUCAUCGUGGUGGUGCUCAUCAUGUGGGCAGGUGUGAUCGCUCUCUUCUGUCGCCAGUACGACAUAAUCAAAGACAACGAGCCUAACAACAACAAGGACAAAGCCAAAAACUCCUCCGAGUGCAGUACUCCUGAGCAUCCGACGGGGGGGCUGUUGCGCAGUAAGUUUCCCAAGAACAACAACAACAACAAUAGAAUGCCAUCCGUCAACAUCAUCGAGGUGUGA